GAGAACAUUGAUAUAUAUUAGAAAAUUACAGAGUUACAUUUAACAUUUGCUUUUGAUUUAUAAUUAGUUUUGAAAAGUGAAUAAUAUUUUAUACAAAAAAUAAUGUUCAUAAAAAUAAAAAAUAUAAGUUAUUUCAUUUUAUCUCCUCAUGCCAGGGCACGGGUACCAUGUAGUUUAAUUAUUCAGACUGACUCUUUUAUUGCUGCUCAGCUCUUGGGGAAGGUUCCCUCUGCUUCUCACCCUUUAUUAGUUCUUUUUUUCUGGAUUGCAGGGACCUCCUCCAACAAAUUCCCUAUGCUGAAAUUACUUAUGUCGUUCGGGAAUCAAACAUUGGCAGCUGAUCAAAUGGCCAAAUUAGGACAAAAUCUCUCCGAGGAUUUUGUUAUUUUUCAUUGUUUUCCUCCUUCGCUUAAGGUCUGUUGUAUUGUUGAGAUUAUGGAGAUUGAGUUCCGCAAAACUUGCUAAUGUUUCUAUAUGUUCAGUAAUUUAAUUCUCUAUUUUACCAAAAAAAAGAAAGAGAAGAAGAAGUUAUUCCCAUGUUCUUAUUCCGUUAUCUCACUUUGGAUUUAUAGAAGAAUUUUUCAACCCAUGCCUUGGAAUGGAUUAAUUAUACAUUUUUUCACUAAUUGUAAUGAAAUAAUGCUUCUUUU